CGAUGAACCCACAGUAAAAUGCAAAAGUCAAAUAGUAUUUGAUUGGGGAAGACUCGAAAUACCAUUUGCCGGGAGUUUGCUCUUGUUCUUGUGAUCUGGCACUUUCCAUGUACGUCAGUGUGAGUGAGAAAAUUGGCUCAGAAACUUCUUGGUCGCCAGGUAGCAACGACUACACCGGGAGCAAUGAAGGGAAGAAGCAAUUCUGAUCCCAUUAAGGUAAUGGAGAAGUCAAAUCAAUUUUUUAUGCCAAUAACAAGAAGGAAAAAGAUGAGAAAGGAAAGGAAAUGUGCUGGAGAUUAAAAGUCUUUUCAAGCAUGUCUUUCAAACAGCAAAGCUGACAUUAUUAAUUCCACUCGAUUUCUAAAUUUUGAAUGAUACAAUUAGCUGGUGUAAAGAGAUUGUGCAACAAUUCUCAGAAAAUAAUGAUGACUAGUGACAAAUCCUUUGUUUCUGUUGGUUUUGUGCCUCUCUGUAGAUCUCUCUUUCCAUUGGUCAAUACUGGUGUUUGUGUGUUAACAAUUAAUAUUCAUCAUGUAUUCUCGAUUUUCACGGUUUUGUGAGUUUGACGGUCAGCGAAAUUUAGGUACAACACGUGUUUCAAACUUUACUGAGGAACCAUGUACGCUACAAGGAAGUUCUUGAUUCUUGGCUCUUUUCUCCUUUUGAUCGCCAACGUAGCCCUCGGACAUGAAUCAGAACUGAAAUGUCUUCCCGGUAAUAAUCACAAGGAAUAUGCGUCUGCCGAAGAAAACUUGUUAGCUUGUGAAGCGUACAAAGGUAAUUCUUGCUGUACCAGUGACUUCACCAAACAGCUGGUCACCUCUCCAAUCAAAAACAUCUACAAUUUCUCGUGGACACCUUGUAACAACAACUUGAGCGCCAGAUGUGAAGCGUUUUUGGUGUUGAUUGAAUGCUUCUACCGUUGUUCGCCCAACGCGAUCCAUUGGGAAAAUCCAGACUUUCCUUCUGCCAUAAAGAAAGCCCCCAUUUGCGCAAGUUUCUGUGAUGAGUGGUACGAUGCUUGCAAAUACGACUUAACCUGUGGGAGAAACUGGCUGACAGACUUCAACUUGACGGCCGAUGGAGUCAACACGUGUAAAAAUCCUUGCAAAAACUUUAGCGAUUACUUCACCGAUGGCAAGGAUCUUUGCGAGGGAAAGUGGGGCAAGACUUUUGUCUACAAAGAAAAUGAUGUCGAUUGUUUGAAAAUGAAUUUUACGAGUCCUAACCCGAACGACGAGUUGGUAAAAAAACUGUUUGGUCACAAAGACACAAAGUGUGCUAGUUUAGUAAUUGUUUGGAUUACGUCAUUGCUCACUGUUGCCUUGUCGUUGUAGCUUUAAAUAAGUUUCAGUUUGCUUGAAUCAGCUGUAAUUCGCUUUUAAAUGCUUCGUUACUUUAAAACCGUUCACUAGAAUGUAGAUAAAAGCAAAGCUUUGGGAGUAAGAUCAGCGAAUAAAAUUCACCAUAGUUGACUUUG